AUGGAGCUGGAAGAUGUGGAAAUUUUCGGCAGCGGCAAUUACUCGUACAUUGACAACGGAACAUUUAAUGGGACUUACGAAAACUGCCCGAACAUAAACCUGCCUAUAGUGUCUGUAGUCACGCAGAUUUUAUAUGCACUAGUGUGCGUUGUUGGACUCCUCGGAAACACUCUCGUUAUCUAUGUAGUCUUGCGCUACUCUAAAAUGCAGACCGUUACAAACAUGUACAUAGUCAAUCUAGCUAUAGCAGAUGAAUGUUUCUUGAUUGGAAUACCGUUCCUGAUUGUAACGAUGUCUCUACGCUCUUGGCCAUUCGGAAGUUUUAUGUGUAAGGCUUAUAUGAUCUCUACGGGAAUAAAUCAAUUUACUAGUAGCAUAUUUCUUUGUAUCAUGAGUGCUGAUAGAUACAUAGCGGUAUGUCACCCAAUAGCUGCGCCAAGAUUACGUACACCGUUCGUAUCUCGUGUCGUAUCUGCAGCAGCCUGGACUGCUUCAGCUCUGGUCAUGGCUCCAAUAUUCAUGUACACGACUCUCAUAAAAACUGAAAACAGCUUAUCAUGUAAUAUUGUUUGGCCAGAGAAGGAAUUCAACAAAGGACAAACAUCAUUCACUUUAUACUCUCUGGCACUAGGUUUCGCUGCACCGCUAACACUCAUUUUUGUAUUUUAUUGCCUAGUCAUUCGGAAACUAAAAACAGUUGGGCCAAAAAAUAAAUCAAAGGAAAAGAAACGCUCACACCGGAAAGUAACUAAGCUAGUCUUGACUGUCAUUGCAGUGUACGUACUGUGCUGGCUUCCCUACUGGGCUUUUCAAGUUGCCCUGAUUUAUUCCCCACCAACGGAAUGUGCAAGUCGUAUAACAAUUACAGUUUUUCUAGUUGCUGCAUGUUUCAGCUAUAGCAAUUCGGCAAUGAACCCAAUUCUCUAUGCUUUCUUAUCAGACAAUUUUAAGAAAAGCUUUCUGAAAGCGUGCACCUGUGCAGCGGGAAAAGAUGUCAAUGCUACCUUACACGUUGAAAAUAGCAUGAUACCUAGAAAAAAAGGGGGAAGUGCUGCCCGAGCACAAUCUAGAGCUCUAGCAGAAGCCAGGGGUCUGUCAGCUCACGUCGACGGUCCAGGAGGGUCUCGAUCCGAAGCGUCUACUGCUAUAACAUCACGGUCUGUGGCCGCGAGUGAAGCAUUGCACAUGGAUAUUCGGCCUUCUACUCUCACACCACUGAUAGCUCCUAAUGGUCUCUCGCACACGCGUCUCUGA